UGAGUAUAGCCCUCCACAUCAUCUUCAAAACCUAACCUCAUCAUUUCUGAAAUUACUCGUCUGCACAGCUAGCUUUCCGCCGCGAUUCUUCUCUCAUCCUCUUUACAUUUAUUGAUAUUCAAAUGAGUCGUCCACAGGAACCACACCGUCCUUUUCUCCCGUUUGGAAAUCCUUUCAAAUUUAUAUUACCUAAGGGCCCGUACUUGUCUCCUAAGCUUCUUGCUCUGUUGAAAGCUUUUGAGGAGUCAUUAGCAGAGAGGGUUAAGAGUGUUAAGCCAGGAGAUAAGGAAGAUAUUCUCACUUUAUCAUGGAUGACACAAGCAAUAAGUGUACUUUGUGCAAUUCAUACAGACGUGAAAACUCUCAUUACCGAACUUGAAUUUCCCGUAUGUGACUGGGAUGAGAAGUGGAUAGAUGUGUACUUGGACAACAGUGUGAAGUUGCUGGACACUUGCAUUGCUUUCAGUUCUGAUAUCUCAAGGCUCGGCCAAGGCCGCCUUUAUCUUCAAUGUGGCUUGCAUAACUUGGAUGGAACCUCAAAACAGUUCAUGAAAGCCCGUUCAUCAUUUGAUGGAUGGAAGAGGCAUAUCAAUUCAAAGAACCCAAGGCUGGAGAAUUGCUUUGCCAUCUUGGACAGCCUUACCGAGUCACUGAACCUACCUAAAAUCAAGAAUUCUGCAAAAGGGAAGGUUCUGAUGCGAGCAAUGUAUGGAGUAAGGGUGGUAACUGUAUUCAUAUUCAGCAUGUUUGCCGUCACAUUUUCGGGUUCUACAAAGAAGUUGAAGGAUCUGCAGGUUCAUGAAACUUGCUUGUGGACAGAAGCAUUUGUUGAUCUUCGCGAUUUUAUUAGUGGGGAGAUCAGGAGUAUUUAUUCGAAUGGAAGGCUCACAGCACUGAAAGAGCUGGAAGCAGUGGAUACAAGUGUGAAGAAGUUGUACCCUAUCAUAGAGGAUGGAGUAGACCCUAACGAAGCUGAGCAGUUGCAGCUUCUAACUUUAGGACUGACUGAAAAAGCAGAAAAACUUUCAGAUGGACUAGAUCUGCUAGCAAAGGAGGCAGAUAGAUUCUUCCAAAUCCUUUUAACCGGACGCGAUUCUUUGCUUUGUAACCUUAGAGUUGGUAGUACUGUCUCUAACCAAGCACAAGCGAACAACCAUGUAGAAAGAACAGAGGUGAGAUGAACUUUAAGAAAGAGGAAAUCUCCUGUGUAUAAGCAGGAGUGUGGGGGUUGGUGUGGGGGUUUCUGCUCUACAGUGGAAUAUUAUGUACUAUUAGUAAUGCAAUAUAUGGUAAUUGUCGAAAAAGUGGUUGCUUGCCGGCGAUAUGGUUUAUACAUGUUGAUAUAUGCGUGGACUGUGACAUUAAACUAUAAUGGCUUUAUACAUGUUGAUGUGUGAACUGCGACAUUAUUAUGUUAAGAUAACUGGGAGUGGGUUAUAAUGCAGACAACAAUGUCCUCUUCGCCAGCAGAACUAGAUACUAUUUUAAACUACAAGUAGUACUGUAAUCAUUUGUUUUGUAUUUAAAUUGAUUUAGUGGUGGGAUAUUGCUUUGAUAAGCUGUCGACUGUCGUGGAUGGAA